UGUGGGGUGUGUGGGAGGGGUUUUGCCUACCCUAGUGAGCUGCGGGCCCAUGAGCUGAAGCAUGAGAAAGGCCAGGAGAAUGUGUGUGUGGAGUGCGGUUUGGACUUCCCCACUCUGGCCCAGCUCAAGAGACACCUGACAGCCCACAGAGGACCCACCCUUUACAGGUAGCCUACGUUACAAAUGCCCAGAAACACCAUCUAGGCUGCACAUUACCUCAUAUGUCUGUUACCCCUAUUUCUGCUUGUAGAUAUUUUACAUGUACUCCACUGGAAGAUUUGUGGGUUUGGCAGUAAAAAAAAAACAAGCGGGUUAUCAGGAAACAGAGUGUGGGUUUUCUGUAUAGAAUUACAUUUCUAUUUCAUUCUCAAUUCUAAUUCUCAUUCUAUUUCUAUAGUUUUCUGUCCAGGUGUAGCAAGUGUCUGUUUUCUGUCCAGGUGUAGUGAGUGCCAGAAGAGCUUCCAGUACCCCAGCCAGCUACAGAACCACAUGAUGAAGCACAAAGACAUCCGGCCAUACAUCUGCAGCGAAUGUGGCAUGGAGUUUAUACAGUCCCAUCACCUCAAACAGCACACACUUACACAUAAGGUAUGACUGGGUGGGGUCUUCAUACUGUCCACAUCCUACUGUCCACUAAUGUCAACAUGUGUGUUUGGAGGGACAUGUCUUUGCAGGGUUAGGUUGUGUUGUGUUGUGGAGAUGAAGUGUCUACCUGUGAAUCAGUGGGUGUUAAGGCAGGCUUUACCUGUUGACAGUAUCAGCUGGCUAGUGUCAUGACACUUAACCUACAUCAGGGGCCUUUACAUUUGUUGACAUGAAAUGGUUUUGCUAUAGGACAGGGUUGCCCAACCCUGUUCCUGGAGAGCUACCCUCCUGUAGGUUUUCGCUCCAACCCCAGGUGUUACUAACCUGAUUCAUCUUAUCAACCUGCUAAUUAUUAGAAUCAGGUGUGCUAGAUUAGGGUUGGAGCAAAAACCUACAAGACGGUAGCUCUCCAGGAACAGGGUUGGGCAGUCCUGCAUAGGACAUACAUGACAGUAUGAUGACUUUCACACUACACAUUUCACAUAAUUGUUUCUGCUUCAAACUGUCUUUUAGUACUACAUGGUGAAGCCAGGACAAAGAGCAGCUCUCCUCAAAAACCUUGAGCCCAGCAAACAGACAAAUGAGACUUUAGAGAGAGAUGUGAGUGCAUGCUACAAUAACAGUAGCUACAGGUUCAGUCACGGAAUAUUGUGAGAAUCCUAUUAUUCUGCCUUGUUCAGAUGAUACAAGGCACCCGCUCUCUUGUUGUCAUGCUAACAUCUUGCUAUGAUGUCUUUCUUGUCCCUGACGGCCUUGUCAAGAUGUAAGACAAUUUUCCACUAUGAUGGUUAUUUAAACAAACCUCUCUCUCUCUCUCUCUCUCUCUCUCUCUCUCUCUCUCUCUCUCUCUCUCUCUCUCUCUCUCUCUCUCUCUCUCUCUCUCUCUCUCUCUCUCUCUCUCUUUCUCUCUCUCUCUCUCUCUCUCUCAGGGGGUGAAGGAGCACAAGUGUAGUAUCUGUGGUCGGGAGUUCACCCUCUUGGCCAACAUGAAGCGCCACGUCCUGAUCCAUACUAACAUCCGGGCCUACCAGUGCCACCUCUGCUUCAAGAGCUUUGUUCAGAAACAGACCCUCAAGGCCCACAUGAUCGUCCACUCUGACAUCAAACCCUAUAAAUGCAAGGUGAGUGUUCUGAUAUAUGCAAUAUAUUGAGGAGAGCGCUAGAGACAGUUUCAUUUAUGACAACAUGCAACAACUCCUUUUAAAGCCAGGGUAUCUGAAGAUAAAUGCAUGUCAAUAGUCCCACUAUCUGCCUUGCAUGUCUUUGUCCAUCUUUUUGUGCACUAAUUUAACUCUGCUUGGUUACUUGAACACCGAGGGUUGUGUUAGGGAAAAGUAGUGUUAUGGGCCUCCCGAGUGGCGCAGUGGUCUAAGGCACUGAUCAGUGCUAGAGGCGUCACUACAGAUCCGGGUUCGAUCCCAGGCUGUGUCGCAGCCGGCCGCGACUGGGAGACUCAUGAGAUGGCGCACAAUUGGCCCAGCGUUGUCCGGGUUAGGGGAGGGUGUGACUGGCCGGGAUGUCCUUGUCCCAUCGUGCUCUAGCAACACCUUGUGGCGCAUGGACGCUGGCUUUGGUCGCCAGCCGUACGGUGUUUCCUUUGACACGUUGGUGUGGCUGGCUUCCGGGUUAAGUGUGUCAAGAAGCAGUGCAGCUUGACGGGGUCGUGUUUCAGAGGACGCGUGGCUCUCAACCUUCGCCUCUGCCGAGUCCGCAUGGGAGUGGCAGCGAUGGGACAAGACUGUAACUACCAAUUGGAUAUCACAAAAAAAGGGGUCAACAAAAAAUAGUGUUAUUACUAUAAUAGAAAGUCUCUGUAAUGUUAAGUGGGACCACAUUUAAAUUAGAGAAGCCAAUAGACACUCUGAAGCAGCUCAACACUGUUUCUGAGUGUCUGUGUGACCUUGUUCUCUAGUAGGAGAGUUGAGACGAUGAGGAGAUUGUAGACAGAGAGAAGAUUUGGCAGUGAGAUCCCUCCUCGUCCAUAGGAAGGAUAUCGCUGCACAAACUGCCUCUCUAACAAUGGCCCCCAGCCUCCCCGGAGAACAGGCCCUGCAAAUAGAUUUCAUCUCGCUUUCUCUGCUGCUGGAGGGAACGCUUCCUGUUUUCUCACGGUCCUCUUGGACAGUUUACAGUCCCUCUCUCCUCCUGAAGGAAACCCUAAUCAAAAAGAAUACAGAGGAAGGACAGCGCAGGAGUUGCCCUUCCCAUCCCUCCUCUUCUGACCCUGUCUCGCUGAUUCUUUCUCUGUGUGUGUGUGUGUGUGGUAUUGUGUGUGUGUGUGUGUGUGUGUGUGCAUGCGUGCAUGUGUGUGUGUCUGUGGGUGUGUGCGCACAUUCAUUCAUGAUUACGUCCAGCUCCUAUUACAGCUCUGAAUGCUGUGAGGAUUCGUCAUCUUACACAUCAGUUGUUUGAUAGAGAGGAAAGUUUGAUCAAUGGACACAGUUUUAGACUUGCCGUGGUUUUUCUGCCCUUGAAUGGUGUUUACUAUACCAUGAAGGGGUACAGAUGUGGUUCGAGGAAUAAUGGAAUUUCCAAAUUGUAAUCAAGGAAUGUGUACACAAACUAUUUCAAUAGUUGGUAUUCAAUGCAUUUGUUUGAGGAAAAAUUACAAUAAUUAUUUGCCAAAAUGCUGGUUUGGGUUUAUAAGCUGAUUGUCUGUUGCUUCCGAGCACAUGAAAUGCUUUUCCUUGGAGCUUGAUGAAGUCUUUUAAUGCCAAAAAUAAAUCUGUUCCACUUUCUGUUUGUUCUUUAAUUCAUGCACCUUAUUGGUUGGUCCGCGAGCACAUAUCUGACUAUUUUCUUUUUGUUCUUCCUUGUUUUCAGCUGUGUGGGAAGGAGUUCAACAGAAUGCAUAACCUGAUGGGCCAUAUGCACCUGCACUCUGACAGCAGGCCCUUCAAGUGCCUCUACUGCCCCAGCAAGUUCACGCUGAAGGGGAACCUCACCCGCCACAUGAAAGUCAAACACGGGAUCAUGGACAUGGGCCUGAAUGCAAGAGGUAAGCACUCGAUGCUAUGGAGGGAUUCAUCAUAUGGUUCCUCCCUUUCUGCAGUGAGACUUCCUACAACCUUCCUACCC